UCACCCUCUCUAACAUACCCAAAUGUCUUCUGUUUCGAUUUUCCACGUAUUUUAAUUUUAAGGAUAAAGAUCCUUAACGAGACUGCAACGUCAUUACACACGUACGCUCGUAACGGAUCAAUUUGUUCCGUUCACACACAGUCAGACACUUCCGCCAUGUCAUCAACCCUCUCUAUAAAUACUCCAUUUGCUUACCUGUUACCACUACAGAUUCAUCAAAACAACACAGCAAUGGACACUCCAAGUGGCACCAUCAUCUUCACCACCGUUGGUCGCACUCACUACGGCUUCGACGUUUUCUCUCUCCACAUAGCCUCCUCCGUCGAACGCCGUUUAACAGACGGCAUCUCCGUUAACUUCAACGCUCAGUUCGCAGACGAAAACGGUAACGAUAUCGUGUUCGUUUCCGAACGAGCUGGAUCUGCCCGGAUUUUCAGAACCCGACCCGGGAACUCCAAACUCGAACAGCUUCCAGGAGCUCCGGAGAGCUUCUUCCACGACCGUCCAAUCAUCAUCACUCAAGACAAUACUCUCUACUUCAUCUCCGCUCACGAGCAGCCUGAUCGCCACUUCAAGAACUGGACAGCACUCUACUCCGUGAAACUCAACAGCCAAGAGAAAGAAGUUACACGUGUCACUCCACCAGACACCGCCGACUACAGCCCCGCCGUUUCUAAAUCCGGAAAGUACUUCGCCGUGGCGUCGUACGGAUCUCGCUCCUGGGGCGGCGAGUUCCACGAGAUCAACACUGACAUCGUCGUCUUCAAAGCAUCUACUCCGGAGAAGAGAGUCGUGGUCUGCGAACGCGGCGGAUGGCCGACUUGGUCCGGCGACUCGACCGUCUUCUUCCACCGUCAAGCGGAAGACGGUUGGUGGAGCAUUUACCGGUUUGAUAUCAAACCGGAGAAUUUAAAUCUCUCUCCGGUCGAACCGGUCCGAGUCACUCCGCCUGGACUCCACUGCUUCACCCCCGCAGCUUUCCACGACGGGAAACGAAUCGCCGUCGCGACUCGCCGCCGCGGCGUCAACCACCGUCACAUCGAGAUCUUCCACCUCGAGGACAAAACGUUCCAGGCGGUUACGGAGCCGCUCAACCCGAGUUUCCACCAUUACAACCCCUUCGUCUCUGCAAACUCCGAGCUCCUCGGCUACCACCGAUUCCGCGGCGAGUCGACUCAGGGCGAUGGAGAGUCAACCGUCCCGAACCUCGAAUCCAUUGUCUCGCCGAUCAAAUCCCUCCGCUUGCUGAGGCUAAACGGAUCGUUCCCGUCGUCGUCCCCAGACGGAGACCUAAUCGCGCUGAACUCGGACUUCGACAUCAACGGUGGGAUUAAAGUCGCGAGAUCCGACGGCUCAAAACGAUGGACGUUGAUCAAAGACCGCACAGCGUUCUACAACUCGUGGAGCCCCACUGAGCGCCACGUCAUCUACGCGUCUCUCGGUCCGAUAUUCCGUCCCGCGCAAAUCUCGGUUCAGAUCGCGCGUAUUCAAUUCGAACCGUCGGUUCUAACCGUCGAUAGAGAUGAGGUUCCUUGCGAAGUGAAGUUUCUCACUCUAGAUAACACCGGGAACAACGCCUUCCCGUCUUGCUCUCCCGACGGUAAGUCCGUCGUGUUCCGAUCGGGAAGAUCGGGUUACAAGAAUCUUUACAUUUUAGACGCCGUUAACGGAGAGUCUGAAGGUGGAGAGGGGAUACGACGGCUGACGGAGGGGCCGUGGAUCGACACUAUGCCUUGCUGGUCACCGAAAGGAGAUCUCAUCGGAUUCUCGUCGAACCGGCACGAUCCGUCGAACGACGCGGCGUUUGGUGCUUACGUGGUGAGGCCCGACGGUUCUGGUUUGAGGAGGAUCGAGAUCGCGGGGCCAGAGGGGUCGGAGGAAGCGGCGAGGGAGAGGGUGAAUCACGUGAGUUUUAACAAGGAUGGUGAUUGGUUAGUUUUCACGGCGAAUCUCUGUGGGAUUACGGCGGAGCCGGUGGCGAUGCCGAAUCAGUUUCAGCCUUAUGGAGAUUUGUAUGUUGUGAAGUUGGAUGGGACGGGGCUGAGGAGGCUGACGUGGAAUGGGUAUGAAGAUGGAACUCCCACGUGGCAUACUGUGGAUGAUUUGGAUCUGAGUGGGUUGAGUUUGAACGGUCAAGAUGGAGACAAGCUUGAGGGUCAGUUUGAAGAGCCGCUGUGGAUUACUUGCGACAUCUGAAUCUUUUUUAUCAUAAUAUAAAGUCUCGUCCAUUGGAGAGAAUACGUAUGUAAUAUAUUUUUCACUGAAUAAAACAUGUUAAAUGGGUUUGCAUUAA